UGUGGUCAGGUGUGAAGGUUGAGAUCCUGGGACUUUAUAAGACAGCGGCUCCGUGUGAGAUCUCAGUAGAUGCACCUGAACUGCUGACAACAUGAAGAUCCUUCUCUGCACUCUGGUCCUCGGGCUGCUGUGUAUCGCAACAGUGGACGCUCUGAGAUGCUACACUUGUGUGAAUGAAAAUUGCAAAACUGUGACGGAAUGUCCAGCAGAGAGCAACUUCUGCAAAACCAUCUCCACUCCGGAUGAGCUGACCAGAACAUGUGAGGAGAUGUGCACGCCUGGGGUCAACACACACUGCUGCAUGACUGACCUGUGUGGAUGAUCAGCUCAGAGCCCUCCUGCAGCUGCAAUAACACACACACACACAACAUCACAUACAGUACACACAUAUUAAACGCAGAUGAACACAUAAGAAACUCAAGCUAUGUAUAAGCUUUCAUAAACUAACAGUAAAACCUACACAUUCUAAUCUACAUGCUUUCUCAUAUAACUAUCGCACACACAGACACACAGAGAGACACAUACACACACACACACACACACACACACACACACACACACACACACACACACUUGUCUCUUAUAGACAAAUGUCUAAUGGGCCUAAUUAUGUUUGUGCAAUAUACACAAUCUCUGCAAACGUCUUGAAGCUCUCAUCAGUACAAUUGGAUUAAAACCAUUACAUAUAAA